AUGGGAAGCCGAUUAGAGAAAAAUUCCAACGAGGUGCGGAAGCGCAUUGAGGGCCAUGCCUUCACGGAUGAGGCUGGAGAGGAGUAUGGGGCCAGUGCCUUUGGCGGGUUUCCGGAUUACUUUCGUCGAAAGAAGAUCAAGCUACAGAAUCUGGACUCAGAGAUACGAGCUGCUUCAAAAGACAAGCCGCAGAUCUUCAAGGGCAUCGUAGCCCACGUCUCAGGCUAUACCCAGCCACCGCUCCAUGUGCUACAUCGGUGUCUGGUCGAACAUGGGGCCGGCUUCCUCCAGUAUCUGGAUUCCAAGACCAUGGCUACCCAUAUCAUCGCUUCGAGCCUGCCGCCAAAGAAGAUGGUCGAAUUCAACAAGUAUAGAAUCGUCAAGCCGGCGUGGGUAACAGAUUCUAUCCAGGCAGGCAAGCUACUUCCUUGGUCCGAGUAUAGAGUUAUCGAGGAAACGCCACGACAGAAAACCCUCAAAUUUGACGAGGGGAGAGUAUUCUCCCAAUCCAACACCCAAUCUCCACUUCGGUAUCGUGAGCAGACCGACAACAGCUUCUACACUAGCCAACUUAAAGGCUUUGCUGAAGCCAUCGACAGGAGACAUCAAGGGGACAGGUCGUCAAGUACACCCGCAACGCCAAGUAGGACUGUCAACUUGUCUGAUUCCAAUUCCAUAGCACAUGAAGCGCCAGGUUCAUUGGCUCAGAGAGAUGGCGCAGACUCGUCUGCGAAAAUAAAUGAGCCAGUAGGAGAAAAUCAAUCGGGCCAUGACACGUCUCCUCUAGGACAGGAGAAUGCUUUACCCAAACCGCCAGAUAAGCCACUGGAAUUGAUGACUUCUGAAGAGCAUAAUGCUUUCAUGCUCCAGGAUCCCCGGAUACGAAAAUCGUCAACGGCAAACCCGGGCUUCAUUCAACAAUACUACGCAGAGAGUCGUCUACACCAUCUAUCGACUUGGAAGGCUGAAUUGAAGUCCAGGAUGCAGAAGCUCGCAGCCGAGAAAGGAUCCCACGCGAAACCACCUAAGAGAAAACCUGGAACACGCCGUUACGUGUUUCACGUUGAUUUCGACAGCUUCUUCUGUGCCGUCUCGUUGAAGAGCGCACCCGAGUACAUCACGAAACCCACGGUUGUUGCACACGGCUCAGGUUCGGGAUCGGAAAUCGCAAGCUGUAAUUACCCCGCCAGAGAAUUUGGAGUCAAGAAUGGCAUGUGGAUGAAACGUGCGAAGGAGAUGUGUCCUGAUCUCAAGGUACUACCGUAUGACUUUCCGGCUUACGAAGAAGCCAGCCGCCUAUUUUACGAGGCAAUACUAGAAGUUGGUGGAGUUGUACAAAGCGUCAGUAUCGACGAGGCGUUGGUAGAUGUAAGCCAUGUUAUUUUCAAUGCCGUCGGCUCCAGCGGUAGCGGAGUAGACGAAGGCAGCAUCUGGAGAGAGCAAGAGAAGGCGGACCAAAUGGCACUUGAUCUUCGAACCAGAGUCAAGGCCAAGACUGGCUGUGCGGUAUCGGUCGGUCUCGGUGGCAACAUUUUACUGGCUAAAGUCGCUCUGCGAAAAGCGAAGCCAGCUGGGCAGUUUCAGUUGAAGCCCGAAGCCAUACUCGACUUCCUUGGAGAAUUGAAAGUCAACGAUCUACCUGGCGUCGCUCAUAGUCUUACGGGCAAGCUCGAAGAGAUCGGGAUCAAAUAUGUGAAGGACAUCCGGGAAGUUUCCAGAGAGCGUCUUGUCAAUACUCUUGGACCGAAGACGGGAGAAAGGCUCUGGGAGUAUGCUCGUGGUAUUGAUCGCACUGAGGUCGGUGAUCAAACCAUCCGAAAGUCAGUCUCAGCCGAGGUUAAUUGGGGUAUACGCUUCAUCAACCAAGAGGAGGCCGAGGAGUUUGUUUUCAACUUGUGCAAAGAGUUGGAACGAAGACUUCUCAAUGAGCAGGUCAAAGGUAAACAAUUGACCAUGAAGAUCAUGCGACGAUCAUUGGAUGCGCCAUUAGACACAGCCAAGCAUCUUGGUCAUGGAAUGUGUGAUACGUUCAACAAGAGCAUGAUGUUUGGGGUGGCUACCAAUGAUGCCCAGGUCAUUGGCAAGGAGGCAGUAUCGAUCUUGCGAUCUCAUAAAUUCAGUCCAGGCGACCUCCGUGGACUCGGCGUUCAGCUGACGAAACUGGAGCCUAUCAAGACAAUACUGGGAGGCCAGGACAGUAGUCAGAAAAAACUUAGCUUUGGCGCCUUUCGUACGCCAGGUUCGGCCAAAAAACCUGCCGUGGAUCCUAUACUAGAAGCCGACGCUCCGGAGGGGCCAAGCCCAACACAAGGUCGACACGAUCCCCAAGACCCCAUUAUCGAUGAUCCCUUAACGCCUCGGAAGCCGAAAUCAAACACUUCACACCCAGCCUUCGCCAUCUCACGAUCCCUUGAAAAUGACGCCAAAGCUAAUACGCCGCUCAAUCUUGGCGGUACUCAAUUUGUCAUGCCCUCUAAUCCAGACCCUGCAGUACUUGCAGAGCUUCCUCCAGAUAUUCGAAGCAGGCUCCUCGCGCAAGGAAACCUGGGCGGUGGCUACAAAGCAGAUGUACCAGCUGUAAGAUCGAGAACCCAAAGUCCGGCUCUGGCAGACGAGAUUCCACCAGAUAUCGACCCAGAAGUAUUCAAUGCACUGCCAGACGACAUGAAAGCUGAGAUCCUUGCUUCGUACAGACCAGCAACUGCGCAGCUUCGACUGCCGCAUUCGCCACGCAAGGACCGUAUGAUUCAGCCUUCGAAGAAGACCACACCAACAAAGAAGCGUGUACCGGGUCUUUUCUCAAAGGCUCGGGAAAGGCACGCUGACGCGCAGAACAAAGUUGUCCAGACAACCUUAAAGCAGUCAGAGGAUGCGAUUGCCAACGAUGUAGAGGAGUUGGAUCCAGACUUCCUUGCCGAAUUGCCUGAAGAAGUCCGAAGAGAAGUUAUAGCUGAUCACCGGCGUAGAAAGGCUCAACGCUCAGGUCUCGACCUGAAAAUCAACCUUAAACGUAAUCGUGAGCCUGAAGGAGAGGAUGCUCAAGCCGGGGGUCAGAUGAAACUUCAAUUCGCACCACGGCCCAGCAAGGUAGCAUUUACCAACGCAGGCCUGACAUCCAUCUCGGAUAUCAGGGAUAUGCUCAACGUUUGGCACAAGGAGACAGCGAUUGAUGGGCCUCACAGGAGGGACGUGGAGAUGUUUCAAAAAUACUUGGUCGAGGUGAUCUUGGAAGAGAGGGACAUGGAUAAAGCAAUGAAACUUGUCCAGUGGUUAGAUUACCUCGUGGAGGGAGACGAGUCCACCUCUCGCGGCAAGGGGAUCUGGCAAGCGUUUGUACAGGAUACCAAAAACGAGGUACAAAAGGCUGUCAAGCAAAGGGGCUUGGGACAGUUGGAUAUCUAG